AUGAGUUCGAUUAACGUAUUGAUAGAGGAGCCCGUCUUUCAGAUGUCAGCAGUAGUGCUGAUUUUCGAUCCUAGAGCUCAAAGUGUGUUCCGGUCCGUAGAAAAGGAGGAGAAGGACGAAGGACAAGGAGAGAAUGAGAAAGAUGAGAAGUUUGAUGAAGGUGAAUGGAAGGGAAGAAAGAUAAGGAGGAAGUGGAAAACCAAGAAAAUGAAGUAA